AUGGGACUACUCCUUCUGGCCUACCUCCUCGCGUCCUUCACAGAAAGCAGAAAAAAUGAUAUCAUAUACGGUGACUUCAUUUCGUUUAACAAUUUAAACGACGAGAAGAAUCUGCGUUAUUACGGCUCGGGCUCGCUGGGCAAGUGCUACUGGUGGUACUUCCUGAGCGAAGACUUCUUCGAGAUCGUCUAUUUGGGGAGGGAUGAGCCGACCAAAAGGAGGAAGGGGGGGAGGGCGGAAGAAAAGGUGAUGGGGGUGGAAAAAAGUGAGGAGGUGGCGAGGGAAAGUGAGGAGGCGGCGAGGGAAAGUGAGGAGGCGGCGAGGGAAAGUGAGGAGGCGGCGGGAAAAGGCGAGGAAGCGGCGGGAAAAGGCGAGGAAGUGGCGAGGAAACGCGGUGGGGAGGCCAAAAAAAUCGGUAGAGACGCAGAAGAAGGGGCGCGGCCCCUCCCCUGGGGAGACAGAGACACCCCUGGAAGGAGCAUCACCAUCACGAGCGACGACGUAUGCACAAGCGAUAUUCUCAUUCUGUUGAAUAAAAAAAAGGCAGCGUGCAAAUCUCUAUCUUCCUUCUUCGUGCGAGUGAACAGCGAAGGAGAGGAGGAGAAGAAGUACAUCGCCGUGGAGUACCUUGUCAGUAGCCACCUCUACAUGAUCAGCAGCGACAUCGUCACGUAUAAAAGCCAGAAUGAAAGCAGAAACGUGUAUGUCAUUUCGGACAAUGGGAAGAAGAUAAGCAUAUCAGAAAGCAGCCAUUUUAAUGUAUUCUUCGAUGAGAUGUACGUGGAACAUGCACAUGUUAAAUAUGGGAGAGGAGAGUUGGAACUGCAGUUAAGGACAAAGGGAAAGGUAGGCAUGACGAGAGUUAUCAUAGUGCUUCUAAACAAAUGUAAGCCUCUCUUUUUUGUCGCUACUGUGUUUGUGUACGAGUGGCUGUCCUUGGUACCGCACGGGGUGGACUUCCCAGAAGGGGCACUCGUGCGGCUAAUCCUCAGAAGGGAGCGUCCCCCAACAGGCAAAAAGAACCAUACUGACUAUGAAGGUGGUCAUAUUAAUGAUGAGGGUAAAUCUAGCGAUGGCAGCCAUUUCUCAUGCACAGCUUUCAUAAAGAGAAACGUCUUGCGCACAUCACCCCUCCGUAGAAAGGCAACAGUCGCCGUUCUACUAAGUACCCACGUGGAGGGAAGACACCCCAUAAAGCGCAAUGCAAUCGAUGUAUGGUUAACCAACUGCUUAAAGAAGAACUACGUGACAAAAUUCCGAAAUGAGUACCAGAUUCAGCAGAGCCCAAAUUACGACAUCGUAUCGGAUGAAAUGGUAAAGAUUAAGGAAGGCACAAAUGGGAAGAGCGUACAGAUAGUUAUAAAAAAUUUGCACAGCAGACAAAUUUUCUCUUCCCGUGUGAAUAUCCAUAGAGUGGUGAAGAGCAAGCUCUCCUGUUUCGGCUACAUCGGGAGGGAAGCUCCAGGGAGUGGUACCCCAAAUAGAGAUACGCCUGCGUCGCCUCCAAACCGUAGGCGGAACAACACUGUUGAGGGGGAAAUUGAACUGAUAAGAAGGCACUUCUUCUACAGAGAACACUACUACUUGGAUAAUCUACACAUGGAGUCCUUCUUCCAAUCGAAUGUACAAGGGGAUGAUGGAGAAGAAAAAUUUAUCCUCCACAGAAGGUACCUCUGCCUUGUGAAGCUGUACGGAGAGGGAGACGUCAAGCUGCACGGUGUGUACAAAGGAGGGGAAAUAAAAUUGUCCGUACCUUCUAAAAGUCACAAAUUAAAUAUCCUCCCUUUGCACUUCUUUCCCGAGUAUGGAGCUUACUAUUUUAUGCCGAUACGUAGAGGAGGGGAAGUGUCUCUCGAGAUGACCUACAUGGGGGACUAUGCGUGCAGAAAGGACGUGUUCAUAUCUGCGCCUGUAAAGUGCUACAUGAAGGGGGGUGCCGUGUCUAUGUCCUCUCUGUUUGUACUCCCCGACGAGACGAUUUUUUACCAGUGCUCCGGGGGGGGGAGCGCGGCCACCGCUGGGAAGAGGCACCCCCAAGAGUAUCCUCGAAGAGAACGAAGUUACGAAUGUCUACAUAUUUAUGCGCAUGGGUUGGAUCACUACGAAAGUGCCUCGUCCAGGUAGAUGAAAACGUGGAGUAUUGGGACACCCGAAAUAGUGACGCAGAACCAUUUGCCCGUUCAUUUUAAGUACCCGUCUUCCAUCCAAGUAGCAAUUUUUAGCAAACAUGUGGAGAAGCUCCAAAUGGUGGAUAUCUCCAAGUUGAUGCUUUACAAAAAUAAUGACUACUAUAUGAAGGCCUUCCUCGUAGAUGAGCAUGAAAAUGUAAUUCUUACCAAUGAGCCGUUCACUUACACUUUGGAGGAAGAAGCUCCUUCUUCAGGAGACCUUCUCAAAAUUUGCUUAAAAGAUAAGUCCCGCUAUCUUGAAGUAAUAAAUGAGAAACGAAAAAAUGUCACUAAGACGAACAGUACAAUUUUGAUCAAUUGUAAUGACGAAGGGGCCUUCGAAGCGAAAGGAGUUCUGACGAUACAAAACGAGUUGGUCUACGAAACGGACCACUUAGAGAUCCAUUUCGCUUUUGCAAAAUUGACAAAGGUAAAAGUGUCUCUUCUCUUUCGAAAUGCAGAAAAGGGGGACCAAAUGGCAGUAGUACCCAUGAGAGUCCAGUUUUUUGAUAAGUAUAACAGAAAGGUCAAUAUGCUCCCCACGCAGUUACUGCAGGUAAAGCUGGCCUAUGAUUAUGACAAGCGGAUCGAGAUGGCUCCCCUGAAUUGGACCCCACAGGAGUGGAACGAGCGGAUGAGCCAGCUGCAGACCACGCAUGAGCAGAACGAACGGAUGAGCCAGUUGCAAACCCCACAUGAGCAGAACGAACGGGUGGGCCAGCUGCAAACCCCACAACGCAGCACAACGGAGGAACCAACAGCCGUAACGACGGACAUGUUUUUCCAAGUACGUACCUCACAUGAAGGUAAGUACUACAUACAAAUGGAAGUAAAAUACAAGUUAGCCAAUAAACACAUUUCUAUUUUGUCAAAUAUGACCCCUUUGAUUGUAUACUCAAGGGGGGUUUCACUUUACGGAGGUGGGAACUCCAUUUUGAUACACCCCUAUGAGCAGACUGUGGAGGUCCCCUUUCAGUUAUGUCACCCGCUCAUACAUAAAGUUAUUUGCGUUUCAAAAAAUGAAAAACUAGUGGAGGUGGAAGGAGUGUUCAAGUCGGAUGGUGAGAAGUGCGCGUAUGUCUGUUCCAUCAAGUCGGGCUACUCUAUGGGGAACACCGAAAUUCAUGUUUUCCCUAUAUUUGAAAGUUACUACGCUGUUUUCAGCCAAGACAAAGGAAGGACAAAUUUUAAAAGCAUUGAAAAAUUGGAAGAAGAUUUUCACAACUUGGAAAGGUAUUAUGAUCAUUAUUUGGAGCAUUGCAAGGAACACAAAAAAGGUUACAACAUGGAUGCACACACUUGUGAAGAAAUAGAAAAUGAGAAAAAAUUGCGGAAUUUGUUUUUUCUCAAAUUUGACGUGACUGUUGAUUAUGUACGAUCCAUGAAGCUGUUUGCAGAGGAUACCAUUCGGUUGGUCCCCCAUGAAGAGAUACACACAUUCGCCAGUUUUUACAGAGGAGGGGGGGAUACGCGUCCGUUCCUCUCGCUGGACUUUCGUCUGCUUUACGAGCGCACAGCGGAGUUGUUCCAGGUGGAGUAUUUUGUCAACGAUGGGAGUGUCCUGCUGGGUGAUGGAAGGCGUGACCGCGAAGAGGGGCGCCAUCAAGAAUGCCACCCAGAUCGCCACCCAGACUGUCACCCAGGAUGCCAACCGCACCGCCAACCGGAUGGACCCCCCCCCGCGAGACGCACAAUAGUCACCGAUUUAAGAGUCUCCCCCGAUGCGUUCCUAUCCAUCGAGGCGCGCAACGAAGGCCGCUUCUUUCUCUACGCAAAUUUUACCAAAUAUAGUGGCAACUCCCACCAGGGAGAAGUCGUCUACUCCCAGGUAUACAACUUGGUUGUCCAGCGACGUGCGACCCAAGGAACAACUCUCCCAGUUGUCCACCUCAGCAGUAACGGCGUUUAUAAAUUCGAUCGAAAUUUUCACUGCUUGGCAAUUUUCGCGAAUUGGACUUAUGAGCAGCGUCUCCUCCUAUCACAAGAAAAAAACGUGCAUACGGAAAGGAAGCCCAUCUUGCAUAAUGCGCAUUACUGGAAUAGACAGGAAAAUAUUUACAAAAAAUUUAUCAUCAAAAUAUCGGAAAUUUCCACUGUGAAGGUGUAUAACUAUUAUGGCAAAUUCAUCCCCUUGAAUGUUGUCCAGUACCUGUCCGUCCAUUUGUAUAAUAUAAACAUGGAGAGGGUUAUCCCCCCCCUGAAUGGCAAGCUGUAUGUACACGUGUCGCAUCCCUCCGUGUUAACGGUGAGGGCGGUUGGCCCCAAUCAUAUGUUUAUAGUUCCGCACAGGAUUGGCUGUUCAUUCGUCUGCGUCCGUUUUGAGUUGCACCCGGGGAACCACCCUGGAAAACAUCCACCAAAUGAUGCGCAAAAUAAUCCGAGAGAUGGUUGGCCCACCCAAGGGAGUGGCGAGUCCGCCCCAACGUCGAAAAUGUACUUGUGCGUCACAAAGCGGGUGCCAACAAAAUAUUUUCAGCAAAGAAAAAAUUGCUACUACCUCAACAGGGUGUACAAACUGCUCGGUCGUUACUCGCACCGGUUCUUCCAGCAGCCCUACAUGUGUGUCGAUUCUGUCACGACGAAGGAAGAAGCCAAGUUGGGCAAAGUCAGAGGCGCUCUACUAAGUAAGUCCAAUUUUUAUCGCGUCUAUAAGCAUUAUGACGGAAUUUUCAUGGUAAAAAAAUUCGAAGACCUUUUCCAGCCUCCUACGGGGCACCUCUCGAUCAUUAAUGACCACUGCUCGGGGCUGAAGCUGUGA